UAACAGCUGUUCAUGGCACAAGUCUGAAAUAGGUCUGUGUGUCAACGCAGCUGCGUCCGGGUAUUUCCGGGUGGCGAGAGGCUGCUCUGGUACAGCUAGCAUCACUUUGGUCCAGCCUCCUUCCUCCAUCCAGCCUCCUUCCUCCAUCCAGCCGCGACAGCAGCCACCUGAGGCCGGAAACACAAACCGGACCAACAGUUAUUGACCGGGACAGAUCAAUAAUUGAUGUGUUCUAGCUGAAAGCCAAAGCGGGGAGCAGCGAGCAGGAGUCAUGGCGGCGUCGCUUCUCUCCGAGACCGACAUCAUGCACCGGUCCAUGGCGGAGGAGGAUCCGAAUGGAAAUGAGCACGGAGCGGCUUCACGCAGCGCUGCACCUCGCUGGGGACCGCAGCACGCCGGGGCCCGACAGCUAGCGCGGCUCUACUCUCCCGGUAAGCGCCUCCAGGAGUGGGUGUGUGUCAUUCUGUGCCUCUUUCUCUUCAUCAUCAACUUCUCCUUUCUCCUCCUGCACUUCUCCACCGUUCACAUCUACAAGAUCGUCCUCGGAAUCGUCCUGGGGAUCGUGACGGCAGACUUUGCAUCGGGGAUGGUCCACUGGGGGGCGGAUACCUGGGGAUCUGUGGACAUCCCUGUUAUUGGCAAGGCAUUCAUCCGUCCUUUCAGGGAGCACCACAUCGAUCCGACCGCCAUCACUCGCCACGACUUCAUUGAAACCAACGGCGACAACUGCAUGAUCCCCAUCCUACCACUGUCUUACAUGGCCUACAAGUUCCUCACAUGCACACCAGAGGCCUUGGUGGCGUCCUAUCCCUGGGACUGCUACGUCUUCGCCCUGGCCGUUUUUGUGACAUUGACCAAUCAGAUUCACAAGUGGAGCCACUCCUACUUCGGCCUGCCGUGCUGGGUCAUGCUGCUUCAGGACUGGCAUCUGGUGUUGCCACGGAAACAUCAUCGCAUCCACCAUGUCUCGCCACAUGAGACAUACUACUGCAUCACUACAGGCUGGUGUAACUAUCCACUGGACCAGGUGGGCUUUUGGAGACGGAUGGAGCAAUUGAUCCAACGACUAACAGGGCAGAGACCGCGUUCAGAUGACCUGGCAUGGGCCAAGAAGACCGACAGAUAAACACACAAAUGGAUGGAGGGGCAAAGGGGCUUUCAGCUGCAAACGUAGAAUAGAGAUGAGGAGAAACACACACACACACACACACACACACACACACACUGUACCUAUGUCUCUAUGCUUCUUGCUUUUUUGCAAAAAGAAAAAAAAAUCAAAGACAUUCCAAUUGAUUUCUUUGCUUGCUUUAGUCUGUACUUUAACAAGCUUUGAACGUAGGAGGCAAAACCAUUAACACUCUGCUGUGACAGCCAAUCAGCUUUUAGUCCUGUUGACCAAUGACGUGUGGAGGCAUUGUGGUGUGUAGGUGUAGGAGGUUUCUGGAGGUUGGGCUCUCCAGGAGUGACACCACGCUGCUUGUUUCAGGCAGCUUCUUACACACACACACACACACGCACACGCACACGCACACACGCGCACACACACGCGAGAAAACCAUGUUAACAAGAAGAGGUAAAAAUAAAUACUCUGUCUUCUAUAUAAUAUUUAUUAUGGCUUUACUUUAAACCACUCUCAGCAUCGUCUUCAAUACAUUGUUAGUGCAUACAUACAAACCUAUGUGAAUUCCUGUGGCUCACUUUGGAUCUGUUGGGAUUCGUGGAGCUCACACACACAGACAAUCCUCAUUGAUGUUUUUCAUCAGAGAUGAGUUUGAAAAAGUCUACUUUUUUUAUAGCUUCAUGAUAAACCUCUAUCAAUUCAAAGCUCCUAAAUGAACAUAUCUAAAGCUUAAAAUGAGCCAGAAAUAUCGUUUUCAUCUUGAAGCCAUUUUAAUGACUUUCUCUCAUUUGACGUAAAGAAGCAUUUCAUCUUUUUGCACUUUCAUGCUUAUGCUUAAGAUCGACAGCCAGAUUUAUUUUUUCACUUUGUGACAUCUUUAGUCGGACGAUAUCCACUUACAAUAAAAGGAUGUCUGCCGUCAGAUUUCCAUAUUUCUUAACAGACAGAGAUGACACACAGCUGAGCUUGUUAGUGAUCUGAAUGGAAGUGGCAGAUAUGAGCACAGUGAACAUGUUUAUACUUACAGGAUUUUUCAGAAAUGUUUGCAAAGAUCUAUACCACUCUGAAUGUCAGGAUGAAAAACACAAGGUCAGUUAGUAAAUCUUAGCAUAGAGACUGAAAACAACAAGAAAUGCAAAACUACACCUUUACAGCCUGAAUUUAACCCUUAAUUUUCUUGAUGUACGAUAGAUAUUUACCUUCAAACACAGCCAGCCAUGCUUUCUUUCUCUGUUUUUCUGUCUUCACUGUGAGCUUCAGCUUUCCAUUAGGCAUGCAGACUUAAGCUGGUCAAUCUUCUGAUCCUUCAUCAGCAAGAAAGUAAACAAGAACAUUUCAAAAGAUGACAUAAAAAAAGGUUAAACACAGAGAGAGUCUGGCAUGACUCGAGUCUCUUUCCUUAGUUAACAGAGUGGCACAGACACAAGGGGGAGAACCUUCUUGGCUUCUGUAGUUUCUCCGUUUUCUACUCAUGCCUGCAGACAGAAAUCUUUUCAGCUAAAGUGUUGUUUCUUGGGGGAUGCUUUUGGCUGCCCUUAAGGCCAAAAAUGGAGUAAAACAUGUUUUAUGAAUUGUUUUUCACCUCCUCACUGGAAACCUCACGGCAGGGAAACUUAGCUGGUAAUCACCCUUAAGUCCUGCUUUCUUGUCACAUUCUGCAUCACAAGAAAUUCAGCUUGACUUCAGUCCAGAAUAGCAAACAGAAAACAGAUUCCCCUCCUUAUCACUUCAGUUGGUUGACCUUUCACAUCCAUAAUACUCCAGUUUAAAAGUGAAAGGGAGUUUGGUCAUUUCUGCUUUUCUGUCAUUUUAAAUACAAACUAAACAGAAAUUUGUUACAAACCCUAAAACCCGUCACACAUUAAAAAAAAAGAUAUAUUCAUGUGUUAAAAAAUCCUAGAAUUUUUUUUAUAACAAUUUGUCAGCUGAUGUGAAAAAGAGGAAGAGAGCCUUAAAGUAAUUUUAAUAAUAUUUAAUAUAACUGUCAUUAAUUUGCUUUCAAUGUCUCCAUCAUCUGGGUCUUGUUUCAGUCUCUACACAUGCACUUUAGUCGUCUGUUUCUGACUCUGUAAAAGAGGCUGGCUGCUUGAAGCGUUCUUUAUUUUUAGGCUGUUAAUCAUUUCAACCACAGGUUGGUAAUAACUGCACUUUAUUGUUUUACUUUUGUUAUUAUCUCAAAAGGCACUCAUGAUAACACAUAGUAUACGGAUUCAAUCAAACAUCUCACUAGCAUGCACACACACAUACACACACACGUUGAAUGCAGUCACACACAAACACACACAUGCUCUUUAUCACUUUGUGUUCUGUGUCCUCUGGCUUUGUAAUUUUCUGUUUUUUUAUGAAUGGAUCAAGCCUUGUAUAGUUACAUUUUGACGUUACAUUUUGCAGCUCGAUGCUCACUGCUCGUCUUGCCUUAAUGUUUUUAUCUGCUCUUUGGUUUUAAUAAAGGGUUAUUGACACCAA